AUGUUCGUUGUUUGUUCUGCUGUCCAUGUCAAAUGGAUUGUGGGGAAGGUGGUUGGGACAGCCAUGCAAAUAACUGCCAAAGUGCAAGUAAAUAGACUUGUUCUGGAUCCCUACUUACUAAAGUACUUUAAUAAGAGCAAAACUUACUUUGCUCACGAUGCCUCCGAGCAGUGCACAGUUGGAGACAUCAUGCUUCUCCGAGCCUUGCCAGUGCCAAGAACCAAGCACGUGAAACACGAAUUGGCUGAGAUCAUCUUCAAAGUUGAAAGAAUUGGGGCAGCUAGAGCCAUCGACCCAAUUACCGGGAAACCCUGUGCAGGAACCACGUACCUGGAAAGCCCAAUGAGCUCCCUGGAAAGCCCAGUGAGCUCUGAGAGUGUCCCACUAAACCCCAGUGCAAAAGAACUCGAUGUUCCUUCAGCAUAG